GCCAGGUUCUGACCCGCCCCUCCUCCUCCUCUCUGAGUCCCGGGACACUCUGGGGACACUCGAGUCCGUAAUCUUACCCUCGGAGUGGGAGGUGCAGGGUCACCUGAUCCCUCCGCGAGUGGCAGCACUCACCUGCUCAGGUGUCUCUUUGUACCUCAGUGUACACGGCAGGAGGGCGGCCAUUAACAGAGGGAGAGAGGGAGGAAAAGAGGAAUAAAAGAGAGGAAACCAGGAGAGACGGCGGGAGAGGAGAGGACAUGGUCUUGGACAGAGCUCAGCUGAGCGUGGACGAUGGCACGAUGACGAAGAGCUUCGUGGAGAUCACUGAUCCUGCUGCUGCUGCUGACUCAGCAACUCCCCCAACAAAACUUCAGGCAGAAGCUCCGGAGGAACCGGACCCCUCUAAGAUCGAGGUGGUGUCGGUGACGGAGGAGGACCUCCCCGUGGUCGAGACCCCCAACACGCUGAACGUCAGCCCCCUGGGCAGCCUGACCGGAGGCCCGAACCCAGAGACCGAUCCUGCCAAACCUGCACCCAGCCCCACCAUGCCAGUCACCAAGGUGCAGCCGUUCAUGCACGAGGACGACCUGGACAAAAGCUGGAGGAGUCGGCUGCUGGCUCACCGCUUCGAGCUGCUCAUCGCCUCCUGCGUCGCGGUCGCCGUCACUCUGGUUCUGGGGAUCGGACUCGGAGUUGGUCUGAGCUGUGUGGGGAAGUUUCGUUGCAGCUCGUCGUCUAAAUGCAUCAGCAGCUCCAAUCAGUGCGACGGACAAAUUCAGUGUGACCACGGAGAGGACGAGCUCGGCUGUGUGCGUCUGAGUGGGCGGAGCUCCGUCCUGCAGGUGCAGAGGGGCGGAGUCUGGAGGACGGUGUGUUCAGAGGGCUGGAACAACCUGUUGGGACUCUCCGCCUGCAAACAGCUCGGAUACUCCAGGUACGUGGAGUCGUUCUUCGUCGCUCUGACCUCCAUCGAGCAGGACCUCCAGUUCAACCUGGUGUCCCUGAACCUCAGCCAAUCACAGAUCAUCAAGCUCCAGAACGCCACCAGCUUCAGUAAGAGUCAGUGCAGCUCAGGGUCGGUGACCACUCUGAAGUGUCUGGAAUGCGGCUCCCGGCCUCAGUACAGCAGCCGUAUCGUCGGGGGGAACCUCUCCAGGCCGGGUCAGUUCCCCUGGCAGGUCAGCCUGCACUUCGGCAGUGAACAUCUGUGUGGAGGCUCCGUCGUCACGUCACGCUGGAUCCUCACCGCUGCACACUGUGUGUACGGGUUUGCAGACCCGUCCAUGUGGGCGGUGCUCGUGGGUCUGACGGAGCAGCCGGUCCACAGAGCUCAGUCUCUGGCCGUGGAGAAGAUCAUUUACCACGCCCGCUACAGACCCAAAGGACUGGACUACGACAUCGCGCUCAUGAAGCUGGCCACUGCACUGGUCUUUAAUGGCUUGGUGCAGCCCAUCUGUCUGCCUAACCACGGGGAGGAGUUCGAGGAAGGAACCAUGUGCUGGAUCUCAGGAUGGGGAGCGACUGAAGAAGAAGGAGAGACCAGUGUGGUCCUGCGCUCAGCGAUGGUGCCGCUGCUCUCCACCAAGACCUGCAACCAGCCGGAGGUUUACCAGGGCUACAUCACCAGCUGGAUGAUCUGUGCAGGAUACCUGGAGGGAGGAACCGACUCCUGCCAGGGCGACAGCGGCGGCCCUCUGGCCUGCGAGGACUCGUCCGUGUGGAAACUGGUCGGAGCGACCAGCUGGGGAAUCGGCUGCGCGAUGAGGAACAAGCCGGGCGUUUACACUCGUAUCACAGAGUCGCUCAGCUGGAUCCGCCAACAGAUGGAGAGAGAAGAGGCUCAAACCUCCCCGACUCAGAGCACAGACAACUGAACCACCUCGUAUGUUUCCACACAACCACAAACUAAAAAGACACAAACUGUUUUACACCGGAGAGACAGAUCCUUCGAUCCACACUCAUCCUGACGGAGCAGAGAGAAGAGCCGGUGCACAGCGGAGAGUUAGGCAUCGUUUAUUCCAAAAUAGAAAGCUCUAAGGCAAAACAGACGAGAGAAAAGUGAAGAACGCUUCAUAAAAAGCAAGACAGACGCACGUGAGGGCCCGAGAGCUCACCGUCACUACACCCCCUCCUCUUCAGGCUGCAUUUCAAGUCUUUACAAGAGGGAUAGAAACCAGAUUACUGCAACUAUUGACAGACAACUGUUGUACAGUACAAUAUUACAGAUACUCAAACGAGAGGCACCCCAAAUUUGUGCAGUAAUAUCAACAUAUUGAUAACGAGCUGUCAAAUCUUUCACUACAUCAGUUUGUAGUGGCGGGGGGACCGACAGAGGCCGCAGCGCUUCGGCAACAACAAGGAGUCCAACUUCCUCUUUGUUUCAGCGCCGUCGCGUGUACAUAAAUAAAAGUUUAAUGCGUGCAAAAAGUCCACUGCUGCUUCUUCUUCGUUUUGAUGAUGAUGAUGAUGAUGAUGACGAUGAUGAUGUUGGAGUUCGUGUCACUGUGGAUGCUGCCGCUCCAGGGGUCUCACAGUCGGACCCUUUGUGAUUGUGUGAUCAGCAUAGUGUUCUGGAUUGUGCAUUUGAGAAAGUGACGCCUACGCUACUACUGUAAAAUGAUUAAAAGAUGGAUGGUAUACACAAUGAGGCUGUACUUAAAAAAUCGGAGCGCUGCAGCGAGAGAUCUCUCACGGAUGAAGUAAAAUUAUUAACGAUGCUUCGCAGAACUGCACAAGCGUUCUGCACUUUAGUGUCUUUUUGACCAAUUUCACCGAGGGUCACACUUUGUUUUUGUGCUUCUUGGCAAGAAUUCUUUAGAAAAGAAAAACACGUAAGGCCUUGUUAGUAUCGUAAGUUUAAAACCAAUUUAAAUAGCAAUUUUCUUCA